GACCCUUUGUUAAUUCCUGGCAAUGAGCAGAUUGACAAUAUGGAUGCCAAUGUGAAAAAAUACGACUCUACAGGGAUGUUUCAUUGGUGUCCAGCCAAGGAUAUUGAAAAGGUCAUUUUGACUCGAAGUGAAGCAGCGAUGACAGUUUUAAGUGGGCAUGUAGUCGUUUGCAUAUUUGGGGAUGUUAAAUCUGCUUUGAUUGGAUUAAGAAAUUUAGUGAUGCCAUUACGAGCCAGCAACUUUCACUACCAUGAACUCAAGCACAUUGUGUUUGUGGGUUCACUUGAAUACCUGAGAAGGGAAUGGGAGACACUGCAUAACUUCCCCAAGGUUUCAAUCUUGCCUGGUACACCAUUAAGUCGGGCUGAUUUAAGGGCUGUCAACAUCAACCUCUGCGACAUGUGCGUUAUCCUGUCAGCCAAUCAGAAUAAUAUUGAUGAUGCUUCGCUGCAGGACAAGGAAUGCAUCUUGGCGUCACUCAACAUCAAAUCUAUGCAGUUUGAUGACAGCAUUGGGGUCUUGCAGGCUAAUUCCCAAGGCUUUACACCCCCUGGGAUGGAUAGGUCAUCUCCAGACAACAGUCCAGUCCAUGGCCUGUUACGUCAACCCUCCAUUACAACAGGAGCCAACAUCCCUAUUAUAACAGAGCUAGUAAAUGAUUCAAAUGUUCAGUUCUUGGACCAAGAUGAUGAUGAUGAUCCAGACACAGAAUUGUAUCUCACACAGCCCUUUGCAUGUGGAACCGCAUUUGCUGUCAGUGUGCUGGACUCUCUCAUGAGCGCAACAUACUUCAAUGACAAUAUUCUCACACUGAUACGGACAUUGGUAACAGGAGGAGCCACCCCAGAGCUGGAAGCACUGAUUGCUGAGGAAAAUGCAUUGAGAGGAGGUUACAGCACGCCCCAGACACUUGCAAACAGGGACAGGUGUCGAGUUGCUCAAUUGGCUUUGUAUGAUGGGCCAUUUGCAGACCUAGGGGAUGGAGGUUGUUAUGGAGAUCUAUUUUGUAAAGCACUGAAAACAUACAAUAUGCUUUGCUUUGGAAUUUAUCGAUUAAGGGAUGCGCAUCUAAGUACACCCAGCCAAUGCACUAAACGUUAUGUUAUCACAAACCCACCAUAUGAAUUCGAGCUUGUGCCGACAGACUUGAUCUUCUGUUUGAUGCAAUUUGACCACAACGCUGGCCAGUCCCGGGCCAGUCUUUCUCAUUCCUCCCAUUCCUCCUAUUCUUCCAGCAAGAAGAGUUCAUCAGUUCACUCAAUCCCAUCAACAGCAAACCGACCGAACCGCACCAAGACCAGGGAUUCCCGGGAAAAACAGAAUGCAACAAGGAUGAAUAGAAUGGGCCAAGAAAAGAAAUGGUUUACAGAUGAAACGGAUAAUGCCUAUCCCAGAAACAUUCAAAUCAAGCCCAUGAGCACUCACAUGGCCAAUCAGAUCAAUCAAUAUAAAUCGACAAGCAGCUUGAUACCACCAAUCAGAGAAGUUGAAGAUGAAUGUUGACUCCUUCGAGGCCAGAACUAUUUUUUUAAAGCCUGAAAAACUUCAUGAAUGGUGAUGUGACAUUUAUUCCUCUUACAUGCUGAACCACCGAUGGAGAAGUUAAGAAGGGCAAGCUUAAUGGGAAAAUAAAGUAGACAGAUAUUUGUUUGUCUGCCUUUAAUAUUGCUUCCAUGUAUUUUGGAAACUAUUUCAUUUAUAAAUGAACAUAAUCAAAGCUAGUCAUGUAUAGCCUCUAGCAUUUUAAAUUAUUUUUAUUUAUUAGAAUUUUUUUUUUCAUUGUCAAAUAUUUUCCCUUAAAAAACAAAACAAAGCAACACAUAAUCUGCAUAUGUGGCCAGACUCCUAAGAAUUAAAAAAAACCAAAACAAAACCCACUGUGUUUGUCCUAAAGGAGAAUGAUGGUCACAGUUACAAGGACAUGUAAUUAAGGGAGACAAAUUAUGUAUUUACAAAAAGCAAAAAAGUAUAAAAGGUCCAAAUUGUAUUUUAGUAAAUCAAAAA